UCCAUUCCAUCCAUCCCUUCGCCAGCACUCCAUCCAUCCAGGGCUGCUAUAAGAGGGGCCGAGUGUGGGCGGAGGAAACCCUAAGCAGAGACAUCGCAGAGACCGGCGUCUUCGUACUCGCCUCUCUCUCGCGCCUCCGAGCUUUGGCCUCCGUCCUCCCUCCCUCCCUGCCCUCCCGCCCGCUUCCGGUUUCUCCACCGCCGUAGCGCCCGCCGCUCCGAUCCGCCGGCGACAUGAGGGAGUGCAUCUCGAUCCACAUCGGCCAGGCCGGCAUCCAGGUCGGGAACGCCUGCUGGGAGCUCUACUGCCUCGAGCACGGCAUUCAGCCUGAUGGACAGAUGCCCGGGGACAAGACCGUUGGGGGAGGUGAUGAUGCUUUCAACACCUUCUUCAGUGAGACUGGUGCUGGGAAGCAUGUACCCCGUGCUGUGUUUGUUGACCUUGAGCCCACUGUGAUUGAUGAGGUGAGGACUGGCACUUACCGCCAGCUCUUCCACCCUGAGCAGCUUAUCAGUGGCAAGGAGGAUGCAGCCAACAACUUUGCCCGUGGUCACUACACCAUUGGCAAGGAGAUUGUUGACCUAUGCCUUGACCGUAUCAGGAAGCUUGCAGAUAACUGUACUGGUCUCCAGGGAUUCCUUGUCUUCAACGCUGUUGGAGGUGGAACUGGCUCUGGCCUUGGUUCUCUCCUUCUUGAGCGCCUCUCUGUUGACUAUGGAAAGAAGUCCAAGCUUGGGUUCACAGUGUACCCAUCUCCUCAGGUCUCCACUUCUGUUGUUGAGCCAUACAACAGUGUCCUGUCCACCCACUCUCUCCUUGAGCACACUGAUGUGGCUGUCCUCCUUGACAAUGAGGCCAUCUAUGACAUCUGCCGCCGCUCCCUUGACAUUGAGCGCCCAACAUACACCAACCUCAACAGGCUCGUUUCUCAGGUCAUCUCAUCCCUGACUGCUUCCCUGAGGUUUGAUGGUGCUCUGAACGUCGAUGUGAAUGAGUUCCAGACCAACCUGGUGCCCUACCCGAGGAUCCACUUCAUGCUUUCUUCCUACGCCCCAGUGAUCUCAGCUGAGAAGGCUUACCAUGAGCAGCUCUCUGUUGCCGAGAUCACCAACAGCGCCUUCGAGCCUUCCUCCAUGAUGGCCAAGUGUGACCCCCGCCACGGCAAGUACAUGGCCUGCUGUCUCAUGUACCGUGGUGAUGUUGUGCCCAAGGACGUCAAUGCCGCUGUGGCCACCAUCAAGACCAAGCGCACCAUCCAGUUCGUCGAUUGGUGCCCCACUGGCUUCAAGUGCGGUAUCAACUACCAGCCACCCAGCGUCGUCCCAGGCGGCGACCUCGCCAAGGUCCAGAGGGCCGUGUGCAUGAUCUCCAACUCCACCAGCGUUGUCGAGGUCUUCUCCCGCAUCGACCACAAGUUCGACCUCAUGUACGCCAAGCGUGCCUUUGUCCACUGGUACGUGGGCGAGGGCAUGGAGGAGGGAGAGUUCUCCGAGGCCCGUGAGGAUCUCGCUGCCCUGGAGAAGGACUACGAGGAAGUUGGCGCCGAGUUCGACGAGGGCGAGGACGGUGAUGAGGGCGACGAGUACUAGAAGCGGCCUGCCUCCUGGGGUGCUGCUGCUACCCUGUGAUGUGCCCGAGUGGGUUUAUCUGUUUGAAUGUUUGCUUUGCUUUGUGGUGGUUGGUUUACAACCGUGUUGUAAGAGCCUGUGGUAUGUUUGAACCUGCUUCGCACCUUGGUUAAUAUGCAUGUUAUCUGGUUUGCCUACA